UCUCAAAGCUGCUUUUUAACUGGUUAAGAUGUUCCGGGGCCUUCUAGGGAAGACACUGGGCUUUGUAGGAUACACUAUACAGUAUGGCUGCAUUGCUCAUUGCGCUUUUGAAUACAUUGGAGAAUUUGUAGUGUGCUCUGGUCCCUCCAUGGAGCCAACCAUCGUCAGCCAUGAUAUAGUGUUUUCAGAAAGAAUGAGUCGUCAUCUAUACAAAAUACAAAAGGGUGAUAUAGUUAUUGCCAAAAGUCCAUAUGACCCAGCUAUGAACAUCUGCAAAAGAGUGAUUGGUCUGGAAGGAGACAAGGUUUCCACUCGCUCUGACAUCUUCACCUCACACACAUAUGUUCCAAAAGGCCACGUAUGGCUUGAAGGGGAUAACCUUAGGAAUUCUACAGACUCCAGAAGCUAUGGCCCAAUUCCCUACGGUUUAAUUCGAGGACGGGUUUGCUUAAAGCUCUGGCCACCACAUACCUUUGGAACCCUCGGAGAAAACCCAAACAAACAGAAUGUAAAAAGCUUCAAAGAUUCAGAUUAACAACAUACUUUUAGUCAUGUACAUAUUUUUGUAGGUCUUUAAAUAAAGCUCAUAUUAUUUAAUAGUUCAUAA